AUCUUCCGGGUCCUCCUUUUCCUGGAGCUGGAGGUCGCCGUCCAUUCUCAUUUUCCAAAUCUUCAAAAGCGCAUUUUCGCAAACAAGUUCCGAUCACCGUCAACGAUGCAAAUUGCGAUACCUUCAAGUUCAAGUCACGAAAUAACUUUAUAGUAUUUCAGUUCUGCCCCUAUUCUUUCUCCUAAUUUGCCACUAUCUUCCCACCUGCUCCGCCAUGUAUCCUCCUCCUAUGCUUGUCGACUGUUCCAACUGCCGCACGCCGCUGCAGCUACCGCCGGGAGCCCGAUCCAUCCGCUGUGCCCUCUGUCACGCCGUCACUCACGUAGCCGAUCCACGAUCCGUCCCUCCACAGCCGCCUUCGUCGGUCCCUCCGCCACCCAAUUGGAACGCUCCGUCGCCCUAUUCUGGCGCCCCGCCUGGUCCCCCGCCCAACGCCCACGGGCGGAAGAAGGCUGUGAUCGUUGGUAUAUCGUACCGGUACUCUCGCCACGAACUCAAAGGCUGUAUCAAUGACGCGAAAUGCAUGCGUUACCUGCUUAUCAACAAGUUUAAGUUUCCCGAAUCUUCUAUCCUCAUGCUUACAGAAGAAGAAACUGACCCCUACAGAAUUCCGAACAAGCACAAUAUGAGGAUGGCAAUGUUUUGGCUUGUACAAGGAUGUCAACCAGGUGAUUCCCUGGUUUUCCACUAUUCUGGGCAUGGUUCACAACAACGGAACUAUAAUGGUGAUGAAGCAGACGGAUAUGAUGAAACUCUGUGUCCGCUUGACUUUGAAACACAGGGCAUGAUUGUUGAUGAUGAGAUCAAUGCCGCACUUGUCAGACCAUUACCUCGUGGUGUUAAGCUUCAUGCACUAAUUGAUGCUUGCCAUAGUGGCACUGUUCUAGAUUUGCCAUUCCUUUGCCGAAUGAACAGGAGUGGGCAGUAUGUGUGGGAGGACCAUCGCCCUAGGUCAGGUGUGUGGAAAGGAUCCAAUGGUGGAGAAGUUAUAUCAUUUAGUGGUUGUGAUGACCAUCAAACCUCUGCUGAUACAUCUGCACUGUCAAAGAUUACAUCCACUGGAGCCAUGACGUUUUGCUUUAUCCAAGCCAUUGAGCGUGGACAUGGAGCAACCUAUGGUAGCGUUCUCAAUUCUAUGCGCACUGCAAUCAGAAAUGUUGGCAAUAAUGGUGGUUCUAUUGGGGGUGAUGUGGUGACAAGUCUUGUAUCGAUGCUUUUGACGGGUGGCAGUGUCACUGGUGGUGGCCUGAGACAGGAACCCCAAUUGACCGCCUGCGAACCGUUUGAUGUGUAUACAAAACCUUUCUCCUUGUGAUAGUUCAUGUUCUGUGUAAAUUACUACGCUUCCCUUUGCACUAUGUGUAUUCAUUUAUCGGUGCGGAAACAAAUUGAGGUAUAUAAAGGAGUGAUCAGAGUUUCUUGUUGAAAUUAAGUUUGGCUACUAAGAGUUAGAAUAUUGUUUAUCGCUGAACUACAUGAAUGGCCUUUGAGUUUAAAUGACACCUAAGUAUUAACAAAACCGAGGGUAACUUUCCUCUCUCUGAAACUGCUUUAAUGUUUCACACACACACACGCACAAAACACUCAUGCAGUUUCAGAGGGAGAGGACUUUCUUUUCUUCAUUUCAUUGUGAAUCCUCUUUGAAGAGAUAAGCAAUGAACCGUGUUUGUAAUAAUUACACACUACUGUGUAAUCAAAUUGUAUUGGGAA